AUGGCGCUCCAUCUCUUGUCCUGGUCGCCUCUGCGGACCUUUGGCUCUCCCACCAUCAUGGGAUCGCUGGCCGCCUGUCGGUGGAAUUCCACCUCUGCUCCGGCUCCGGCUCCCAAGCCCUUUGUCGUUCCGCGCAAUGCCGCCCAUAGUCGGGUCCCCAAAACCUUCGGCCGCCGUCGGAUACAGAACCGCCAGAAGUUCCUCCAGGACCAGAAGGCCCAGGGAGAAAGCCGCGUCCUCGAAAAGUUCCAGACCCGUGAUUGGAAAGCGGGUGAUAUUUAUGCGCCUCAUGACCUGAGUCCUGCCGAGAUGAAGAAGUGGAGGAAGCGCUACAGUCCGUCGACGGACGCUUUUGAUUCUCUGAACAUGAACCCUCUGGAUCUGUAUAAGAACUUCUCGAUCAUGUCCGAAUACAUCACCCCCAUGGGUCGUAUCAAGCAUAGAAGCGCCACCGGUCUGCGACCAGUCAACCAGCGGAAAAUCGCAAAGGCUAUCCGAAGGGCUAUCGGUCUUGGUCUCAUGCCCAGUGUUCACAAGCACCCCGAGAUUCUGGCCGCGGAGAUGAAGGCGCGCGCGGACGGAGGCGGUCACUUCUUCUAG